AUGAGCAACAAUAAAAUUAUACUACUGCUUGUCUGCUUGAUCUUGGUGGCCAAAGGAAGUAGAAACUCUCAAGGAAAUAUCACUGGUUUCGGAGAAAGGAACUUGGGGUGGGGCUCUUCAAGUUAUGACGAAGAUUGCGAUUGUGAAGAGAAUCAUGUUUGUGAGGGAAGUACGAUGGAAUGUGUGAUCCUUCCUAUUAUAGUGUUUUUAGCGGCUAGUUUAGUGAUGUUUACAGGCGGGUAUGGACUAUUUAUUUGAUGCAGGAAAUGUGGUGGAGAUCAUCAAGAAAAUACAUGUGAUCAAAUAUUUAUUUGCUAUUUCUGCUGGCCAUGAUUUAUAAUACCCAAGUUAUUAAAAAAAUGAAGAUGAAAGAGAGAAAAAAGGCCAAUAAAGAUGCCCAAAGCCACUUCCCUAGCAACUCCUAAUACUCCAAAAGAAACCCCGAAUUUCUCUGAGAUAAACGCAAAACCUCAGGUAAAAACAACCAGAUUCCCUAAAAAUGAUACUAAAAUACCAUAAAAUUGACAAAACAGAUAUAACCUGAUUCCAUUAAACUCCCUCAAUCUACCAAAAACACCUAUACACCUACGAGCAGAACCAAAUUUCCUUCCGACAACCAAAAGGAAGAUUCUAUAAAGAGUCACGUAUCCCCAUCAGAUAUCUCCAUCACAGACCAAGGACAAGCAAUCAAGCUACCACCAAUCAACAAAACCCAUAUAUCCUCAUAUAAAGCUUCUUCAAGCUCUAAUAAAUCAGAAUCUGCCUAAGAGUAAGCACAGUG